AUGCCAACAGUCUUUGUCUCCAACAUAGGCCUUCCGCCAUGUCCGUUUCUUCCUCCACCUUCAAACCCCAAAUACCCACAAAAUUGCUUCCAACCCAUCAACCGCCGUGACCUCCUCACUUCACUCGCCUUCUCUCUCACCCCAUUCUUCACUCCUCACCUCCCUGACUUCCCAAGCCCCAUGUCAGCGCCUCUCUCUCAAGCUCGUGGACUCUUCCAAAUGCCCCCGUUUCGCAUCAGCAACAGUCGUAUAGUUCCGGAAUACAGCUUUCUGGAUGCUCGUGGAUUGGGAGCAUAUGAAGGCAAGAAUUUAGAGUCUGUUUCGGAAGUAUAUGCCUCAGAUAGUCUUUCUUCAAAUAUCAAGCCGCCUCCAAUUGAUGAUGGAACACCAAAUGAAAGUGUUGCAGAUGUAUUUGUCCGCGUGACACAACUCAUGUCAAUUCUCGAGACCCAGUACUCUGAGGACACGGUCAUUAUUGUUUCACCAGAUUCUGACAAUUUGACAAUCCUACAAGCUGGUUUAGUCGGACUUGACCUUCGAAGGCACAGCAAUCUUUCUUUUGGUCCUGGUGAAGUCAGAUUAGUCGAUGCUAGUAGCAUACCUACCUACAAGCAACCUGCAUCUGCUAUAUAUAAGUACUUUCUGGUGAGAGCUGGGGAGUCUGAAUUUGAGAGCAUGGGGGUUAUUAACACUAACCCAGUUACUAAAACCUCAGUGGAUAGUGGCUUAUCAGAGAAGGGAAAGAAGCAGACGGUGAAGGCAGCUUUGGCAUUGAAGGCGAUGGGGGCUUUUGAAGGGAACUGUUGGAUUUGGCCUUCCAUUACCCAGAGAGCUUACCAGGCUGCUGAGAUUAUUGCUGCUAUCAAUGGGGUUGAUCGAAGUCGUAUAGUUCCGGAAUACAGCUUUCUGGAUGCUCGUGGAUUGGGAGCAUAUGAAGGCAAGAAUUUAGAGUCUGUUUCGGAAGUAUAUGCCUCAGAUAGUCUUUCUUCAAAUAUCAAGCCGCCUCCAAUUGAUGAUGGAACACCAAAUGAAAGUGUUGCAGAUGUAUUUGUCCGCGUGACACAACUCAUGUCAAUUCUCGAGACCCAGUACUCUGAGGACACGGUCAUUAUUGUUUCACCAGAUUCUGACAAUUUGACAAUCCUACAAGCUGGUUUAGUCGGACUUGACCUUCGAAGGCACAGCAAUCUUUCUUUUGGUCCUGGUGAAGUCAGAUUAGUCGAUGCUAGUAGCAUACCUACCUACAAGCAACCUGCAUCUGCUAUAUAUAAGUGUUUAAACCCACCAAGCUGUACAUGAAAUUAUUCACAAACACAUUACAGGGUCGAGGCAGAUUUCUGUUUCUUUCAUAUUUUUUGGCAUAAGGAAUAGGUUAGGCAGUGAAUGCGAAUGAGCCAUCUAACCCUUUUGUCGAGAUGGUGAAGUUUAUCUUCUCUGCCCAGGAAGUAAGCCUCUUAUGCAGAACUAUUACAAAGAAAGUAUUUACUAUUCUUCAAUUAUUGC